AUGGACCAACUACCCACUCCAUUCUCUCCUCUCCAAACAUCUCGCCCAUCAACAAGCGAUACUUCAAGCCCACCAAGCUCCCGAACAACCUCCCCACCCUCUUCACCAACCUCCACAUUCCGCCACCGGGCUAGAACCACCAGCAGAGGGCAAAUCACUUCGUCACCACACCACCUCUUCAACCUGUCUUUCCAACCUCAUCAAAAUCAACCUUCGAUUGCUCCCACAUACCAUCAAAACCACGACGACCACCACUCCACAGCCAUAUCUACAUCUGCAUCCAAUGAUGGCGCAUAUGCACACCCCCACGCAGUGAGCGUUCUGCCCUGCGCUGUCUUACGUGGUCGAUCCUCGCUUAUGGUCAUUCGCCGCAGACCAUCUGCUGUGGAGCUUGUGCUAAGCGAAGAGCGCUCAAGGUGCGAUGAUGAUUCGAUCGAGAGGCAGGGAUUGGAUCUCAUGGAGCCCAGGCCCGUCGAAAUGAAGAUGAAUAUGAAUAUGGGCAUGAGCAUGAACACCAACAUGCACGUGGCGAUCGACUCAAAUAUGAAGGUCCAAUCAGCGGCUUUGAGUUCAAAUGGAGGUAGCGUCCCACAACAGCAACACCAACCACCUCGUUAUGUUAUGGGUGGCAUUUUCGAGGUGAUGGAGGGUCGGGAAUAG